GCGCGAUCCGCGGGUGCCCCACGGAGCGUUCGCGAUCAUGGCUUUCCGUAAACUCGCCGCGCGAGCGGCGCAGGUCGCGGCGCGGCCGUACGUCAGCGCUAGGGUGUCCGCGUUAUACCCGCGUCAAGCCCCGCCCGCGCUGUGGACGUCCUCGCGCGCGUACGACGUCAACACGCGCAGCAAGGAGCACCUCAACAUCGGCACGAUCGGCCACGUCGAUCACGGCAAGACGACGCUCACGGCGGCCAUCACGAAAGUCCUCGCGGAGGUGGGCGGCGCCACCUCGGUCGCGUUCGAUCAGAUCGACAAAGCCCCCGAGGAGAAGGCGCGCGGGAUCACCAUCUCCACCGCGCACGUCGAGUACGAGACCGAGAAGAGGCACUACGCGCACGUGGACUGCCCCGGUCACGCGGAUUACGUCAAGAACAUGAUUACCGGCGCGGCGCAGAUGGACGGCGGCAUCCUCGUCGUCUCCGCCGCGGACGGACCCAUGCCGCAGACGCGAGAGCACAUCCUCCUCGCGAGGCAAGUCGGCGUGCCGAAUCUCGUGGUGUUCCUGAACAAGGUGGACACCGUGGACGACAGCGAGCUCAUCGACCUCGUCGAGAUGGAGCUCCGCGAGAUGCUGAGCUUCUACAAGUUCGACGGCGAGAACAUCCCGAUCAUCCGCGGCAGCGCGUUGCACGCGUUGAAGGGCACCGACGAUAAACUCGGCAAGGACGCCAUCAUGGCUCUCAUGAAGGCGUGCGACGAAAGCAUCGCUGCGCCCAAGCGCGCGCUGGACAAGCCGUUCUCGAUGCCCGUGGAGGACGUGUUCUCGAUCCAAGGAAGAGGGACGGUCGCGACCGGGAGGAUCGAGCAGGGCAUCGUGAAAUCCGGCGAGGAAGUCGAGCUCGUCGGCAUCGUCCCGACGCAAAAGACGACCAUCACGGGCGUGGAGAUGUUCAAGAAGUCCUUAAACGAAGGUCAGGCUGGAGAUAACUGCGGGCUCUUGCUGCGCUCGUUGAAGCGCGACCAGGUGCAGCGCGGUCAGGUGCUGUGCAAGCCCGGAACGAUCACCCCGCAUAAGAAGUUCGAGGCGGAGAUUUACGUCUUGAACAAGGACGAAGGCGGCCGUCACACGCCCUUCUUCAGCAACUACCGCCCGCAGUUCUUCAUGCGAACCGCGGACAUCACGGGCACCAUCACCCUCCCGGAAGGCGUCGAGAUGGUCCUCCCGGGGGAUAACGUCAACGCGGUGUUCGAGCUCAUCACCCCGAUCGCGUUGGAGAAGGGGAUGCGGUUCGCCCUCCGCGAAGGCGGUCGGACCGUCGGCGCGGGCGUCGUCGCCAAGGUUCUCGAGUGAGCGGCAAUGCUGUGCGUGGCGGAGGGCUACGGGCCGCGGGCCGGGCGGCGGGACGUUGCGUUUUUAACGAAACAUAGCGCGCGAGCGACGCGAAUGCGAAUGGAACUACAUACGAUGGAGC